CGCAUAGCCAUCAAAUUUGGCGGAGGCAGCAAUUCAUCGUCAACAGCGAAGCAAGCCCGUGCGAAACCGUCAUCAGCUCUAGGGAAGCGGCCGCGCUCCCACGCCCUGGGAGGAGGCGAAUCCGAUACUUCAGACUCUGAGGAUGACCGCCAUCGAGGGCGCCAUGAGGUCAUCACAGGAUUCGGUGCAGAGGGCGCGGAGACGAAACGGAAGCGACCCAGGGAGGAGAAGAAGGAGUACAUCAUUGAGCGGCAGCCGAAUCGGAGCUGGAAAGACGAGUUGAAGAGCAACCGGAGAUCGAAAAACCUACUUCCAGACGAGGCCAGAGCUCAGCAAAACGCCGUUACAACUGAGACAGAGCCUGCGGACCAGGACACGCCGCUGAAAUGGGGAUUGACGGUCAAGGAAAAGAGCGCCGUGUCGGACGACGUGAUGGUCUCGGAGCCGAGCGCACAACCCAGCGACGACGAAAUGCGAGACACAAAUCAAGAAAGCAAAGAUACACCACCAGUUGAGCGGACUGCUGAUGACGAGGCUAUGGAUGCCCUCCUCGGCAAAACAUCCAAAGAGCAAAAGGUCAUCACCGCGGCACCUCCAACAGAAGACGAUGCCUACCGCCGUGACGUCGAAUCCUCCGGCGCGAUAUCCACCCUCCAAGACUACGAAGACAUGCCUGUCGAAGAGUUUGGCGCCGCUCUCCUUCGCGGCAUGGGCUGGAACGGCGAGGCUCGCGGGCCUCCAGUUAAGCAAGUCAAGAGACGGCAGAAUCGGCUUGGUCUUGGCGCGAAGGAGCUGAAGGAAGAAGAGGAUCUCGGUGGGUGGAAUCAGAAUGGCAAGAAAUCCAGACCGCGGUUGAACGAUUACCGGAGAGAGGAGAGCAAACGAAAGGAAGGCCGGGGACGCGAGGACAGCUAUAAGCGAGAGAGGGAACGUGAGCGC